AUGAAUUUUAUAACUUCACCAUCAACAACAACAACAACAACAACAACAACAACAACAACAACAACAACAGGAAAAAGAAGAAGAAGUAAAACAACUACAACAACUAGUGACACUAUUGAUAAUACAAAGGAUACAUUAUUCCAGUUCGACACUCAUUUCUCAUUAUUCAAUCAGAACAAUCAUUUAUUAUCACCUACUUCUACAACCACUACAACUUCAUCGCCAUUCUUUGAUUUAAAUUAUCAUAUUCAUUCUUUUAAUAAUCAUCAAUUACAUCUACAAAAUCAAUCUACUUUCAUGGGUGAUUCUCCAGAUUCACCAAGAGACAUAUUCCCUAACGUAUUCUCGUCUUCAAUACCCCAAUCUGAAGAACAGAAUAGCAAAGAGCAACAGCAAUAUCAUUAUGAUAUUUUAUCGCACGGCAAUAUCAGCAAUCAAUAUACCACCGCCACCACUAAUAGUAAUAUGAUUUCAAACCCAUCUACUUCUAGUCUGUCAUACAAUAACCCCUUGACAGAACAAGACGUUUCAUUUACUCCUGUUGAAAGAUCAAAUUUAUCAACAACUAAAUCAAAGAAAUUAUCAAAUAUUAAUAUGCCAAUUACUAGCACCACCACCAACAACAACAACAACACAAAUAAUAAUACGAAUGUUAUUUUGGGAAAGAAAUUGAAAAGAAGAAAACAUAAGAAUUCAAAGUUGGGCUGUGCCACUUGUAAAGACAGAAGAGUGAAAUGCUCAGAAGAUUUACCUAGUUGUACUAAUUGUAUUAAACAUAAAGUUAAAUGUCCUUAUUUAGAUUAUACUGAAGCGCAAUUGAAUGAGUUGAGACAAGCACAAUACUUACAACAACAACCAAGUGACUCUGAAGAUGAAAUCCAACAACCUCCAUUACAACAAUCUCAAUCUGUCCCACUACUAUCCCAAAAGAAAGUUUUAAAACCAAAAGUUAAACGUUCAAAACUGACUUCGUCUAAAGUGAAAACAUCACCACCUUCUUUAGCACCUACUAAUAUUUUAAAUGUUACCAAACAUCAAUCAAUCACACAAAAUUUUGAUAACUUGUUAAGUCAAAGAAAUGAAGAUAAUGUAUCUAUUGUUUAUCCAGUUUAUUCUUAUAAUCAAAAGGAAAUUUCCACUACUCCAUCAUUUUCCAAUUCCACUAGCAAUGAGAACCCUACAUUCCAAAAUGCAUUCAAUGGAGCGUUAAAUAUUCCAACCACUUUUAAAUACAAGAUCAGGAAAAAGGUGGAUUGUUCAAUUGAACUUAAAAGAUCAUUGAAAGCUAUUGCUCCCUCAAUUCAUAAAGGUACUUCUGGAUUACCGGAAAUUAGAAAUUUGUAUUCCUCAUGGUUGAACUCGUUUAUAUUCAAAGCUUAUUCUUCAGAAUUAAUGUUUUAUUGUUUGUUGAAUUUGACUACCAAUUUCUUGAUCUCAAACUGUUUUAGACAUGUUACUAAAUCGGGCCAAUUGACCCCAAAUUAUUCGUUAGCCCAUAUUAGACUGGAAUGUACACAACAUUCAUUACGUUAUUACGCAUUGGUUAUUAAAGAUUUGAGAAACGUUUUAAAUGAUAAUAGCGAUCCAGAUUUGUGUGGCAGUGUCAGUUAUAUCUUGAGUUUGAUGUCCAUUUAUGAUCCUGAAGCUACAUUGAAUUCGUCAAUUUGUUUCAGAGACGGAUUGUUUAGUAUAUUUAAUCAUAAUUUUAAAACCAUGAAGAAAAAAGCAGUGCCGUUAGUGGAUACGUCCACCAAUGAUCCGCAAUCUAUUCCCUUGUUACCAGCUCACCAAAAAUUAAUGACAAAUAUUGCCAUGUCUGUUUUUCUACCGGGAUAUGAUCCAAGUUUUUUAAAUGAGUAUCAGCAAUUGUUGAUUAGAUUUGGUGAUUUAAUAUUCCCAUUAUUGCGACAUUUCAAAUCUACCUUCCCGAAUAAUUCUACAACAAAAACAGCAAAUUCUUCUUCGUCUUCUACAUCGAUGUCGUCAUCAUCAUCUCCAAAUUUUAGGCAACCACCCAAUUUUGAUUUCUUGGAAAUUCACUAUCAAGAUUUGCUUAAUUUCACAAAUAAUUUACCUUUUUUCAUUCCUCAAAUAACAAAUAAUUUGUCUGAUUUGGAUAAACAGAAAGAUUUGUUAUUUCAGAUGUUGUUUACAUGGGUAAGAAUGUUUCCAAGUAAAUUAAUCAGUUGUAAUAAAUCAGAUCCACCAUUAAUUAAAAUGUUACAUUUAUUUUUUAAAUUGAUGAAGAAGAGUUUAUUUGCAAUUUUUCCUCAAGUCAAGUAUUUCUUUUUGAGAGAUUUUGAUAGUCCAUUAAUGUUGGAUGUGUUUGCCACUGAUAUCAAUGGGAUAUUUGAAGAAUUGGAUGAUCUCGAACCUGAUUCAACUAGUGAUGACGAUAUAAAUUAUGACAAUAGAUUGCCACCUGAAUUGUAUGUCCCAUUAAUCAAUGAAUUAAAGUCAAUGAGUAGUUAUUUGAUUAGAGGCAUAAAUUUUUUUGAAAGACGAUUGAGCAAAUUAUAUCGAUUAUUGGUUACUCAUUCGGAAUCUUUAAAUUUUAAUGAUAAUAGUAUUACUGAUAUAAAUGAAUGUCGCCAAAAAUUUCAGCAAUUGGUGGGAUUAAAAGAGGUGUAUAUAACUUCUUUUAUACAUCAAACUAUCAAAUAUGAGAACUAUCCAAGAGUCAAUGGUGAUCCUCACUACCAAGAUGAUGAAGAGCAAUCUAAAACAAUUGAUGAUGAAAAGAGAUCUACCAGUAAUGGUAUUAUUGGAGAUGAAAAUGUUGAUUUUAUGACAUUACAAUUAAAUGGACUAUUAAUUAAUGACUUUGAUCCAAGAAGCGGUGUGUGA